UUUGUCGGAGGUGGCUCGCUACGCGUUUGCGACCGCCAGGCCUCGGCUGGCUGUGCAGGCGCUGGCAGCGGGCCCCAUCUGCUCGCUUGCACCCGUCCCGGGGUCGCUGGCCGGAGUUUGCUCCCUCCCUCCCUCCUUCCUUCCUUCCUUCCUUCCUCUCUGGUACCCGUUGUAGGCAGUGAAAGGCGCUAGAUGGCACCACACUUCGCGCUAGCGGGGUUUGAGGCACCAAGCUGGCAGAUGACAGCACGCGUGGCUACGGGGAGAGCUGCCACAGGAUGGUCUGCUCUUCUGCGCGCCAGCCUCUCAGUCAAAAACAGGGGGAGCUGAGGACCGGGGCAGCUGUACAGCAGAAACAAAUGGGCUCUUUUAAGUUUGUCUGGUUUUACAAGCUCCCUUCGGGGAGGACCUAGCACAACAGGUUUUCAUAGUCUCUCAAUCUGGGGGCUCCAAAACUAUUCCUGAUGCCGUGGCCUACCCUACAGAAGGAACUCCAGUCUCUAGGCAAUAGUUGGGGUUUGUUUGUUUGUUUGUUUGUUUUACUUUCCGUUUUCAGGUUUUGCAUGACCAAACUCUUGCCCCUGGUGUGUGCAAGCCGCGGGUUGAAAGCUGCUGUUGCAAGGAAGCCCGAUCCUGCAAGUCUCACGUGAUGAAUGAAAUGGAGGUCCAGGCAGAUGGGACAGAUGGAAACUGUGUCACAUUUGUGUUGCAUGAUGAGGAUCACACACUUGGCAACUCCCUCCGAUACAUGGUCAUGAAGAACCCGGAUGUGGAGUUCUGUGGUUACUGCAUCACUCACCCCUCUGAAAGCAAGAUUAACUUCCGGAUCCAGACUAGGGGGGCCCUUCCUGCCAUUGAGCCAUUCCGAAAAGGGCUGAACGACCUGAUGGGUGUUUGCCAGCACGUGCUCAACACCUUUGAGAGGAGCAUGAGGGAAUACAGGGCCCAGAGGGAGGAAGAGAUGCAGUAGCAUCUGGAGAUGGCAGUCCCCCAUGGAUAAUGUGUGUAGUGUGUGCGUGUUGAAUUCCCCAUGUCAAGAGUUUUUUGUUGUUUUUUUUAUGACCGCUUUGAAGCAAACUUGUAUUUCCUCUAAUAAUAAAAUUUGAAGUGUGA